GUCACUUCCCACAGGCCAAUCAAACGAGACCAGGAAGUUGUCGAUCAAGUUUUAUUUUUUUCAGGUCAAAAUUGUUUAUGAGACGUGCCUUUUCCCCCACUUCUCGGUGUGGUGGUGGUUGUGUCGCCUCCGUUGUGCUUUAUUUAAGCGUUGCAUUUCAACCUGUCUAUGUAGUUAAACAUUGUUAAGCGCCGACAUGGGCAAAGUACACCUGCUCUGCUAACACCAGCAUGGAGGUACACGACGUGGAGAGGUGCUGCUGUGUUGUUACCUUGACCGAAGCUUUUUCUGCUCGUGGGCCCGUAAGCUUUAGUGGCGUUAUCAUCUAUCCCAGCACCGGAGCGUUGAUAUGCACCGGCCUACCUUUUUUGAGUUUCAUUGCAGACGAAAAGUCGUCGCAUGCUAGCGAGCGUCGCCUACUGUUACGUCACAACUUCCGCGACAACCUUAAAAUCGGCGUCACCUUUUCUUCCCGUGGUCGCGUUGAGGCCAAUGCAUGCGGAGUUGGUGAAAGUUGCUCACCCACUGGAAGUCACUGCACCCAAGAGCAUGAAGCUGAAUUGCUGAUGCUCGUCAACUGUGUGGAGUUCAAAGAGACUUUCCAGACACUUUUCCAUCAGGCUGACCAGUGGUGUUUCCAUGGCGAUGUGGAUGACGACCUGAUCCGCGAUGUCAACUACCUCAGCUGGUUUGCUGUCCUCAAGGCGAGGACGCCGCACCUGGGCCCAGUCUCCUGGCGGAUGAGUUCGUCUCUUCAGAAAGGCUCCCCAGUUGUCGCGUGCGGCUCGCCGUUCGGUUCCCUCUGCUCGGACCUCUUCAACGGCACCGUGAGCAGGGGCGUCGUCAGCAACCUGGCGGGUGAAGACAACGCCAUCAUCCUCACGGACGCCCGCUGCCUGCCCGGCACGGAGGGCGGCGGCUUGUUCGCGAUGGAAGAUGACCACCUGCACCUGGUUGGGGUGAUCGUGUCGCCGUUCGGCUGGAAAGCAAACGAGUGGAUCGGGCUCACGCUUGUCUGUUCCAUCCACUCGAUCCUCAGGAACAUUGUCCAAUGCGCUGACAUUCAGGAUCCACUCCGAGAUGUCUGGCUUCACCCCACAGAAGUCUUCACGACCCGAAGGUCAAAUGUGGGCGAUUACCCGAUCGUGUGCUUGGUCGAGAGCGGGCAGCAGUGGGGUUCGGGGGUCGUUGUGACCUCGGAGCUGGUUUUAACCUGCCGACAUGUUGUCAACGGGAAGGCCGCAGUCGCCCUCAAGUUCUACCACGGGGACAGAGUCCUCGACAACGUGGGUGACGUCCUCUUCUCCACUAAAGCGUCGUCGCCCUACGAUGUCGCUGUGGUGCAGCCCAGAGAAUCCAUCGUGGAUGUCGUCAUCCCUCGAAUGGCUCACGAGUUCAACACAGGUGAAUGCGUGAUGGUGGUGGGCUACGGUGGCCUGGGCCGCCGCUGCGGCCCUUCACUGACCUGCGGUGUCCUCUCUAAAGCCAUCAGUCUAAACCGCCAGACCAUAAUGUUUCAGACCACAUGCGCAGUUCAGGCAGGGGCCAGCGGGGGUGCUGUGGUGCGACCAUCGACAGGAGAGCUGCUAGGGAUCGUCUCCAGCAACACGAGGGAUUUGUCCGCCAAGGUAACCUACCCCCACCUCAACUUCUGCGUUCCGGUGAGCGUGCUGCAAGGACCGCUGCACCGCUUUAGUCGGUCUGGGCACGCGGCGGCGUUUGACGCCCUGGAUGCCGCAGAGGAACAAGUGAAAAGGGUGUGGAGGCUACAAGAUACACAAAGCAAACUGUAGGUGCCAUGUGACGAUACACACAAAAGGCAGAACGACACUUACUGUGACAUAAUGAAGACCGGAAUGAGCUACAAAAUGAUUGAUACAAUUAACUCCAUAUACGGUACGUUACAUUCAGGAGCAGAAGUCAAACGCAACAUUUCUGCACUAUUGUAGCAAUACUGAAAAAGUGCCACUAGGUGACAAUAUCGCUCUGCAAGCACCUUCCUCCAUUAGUGUUUGCAAAGGGUGAGUGUUGUUCUGUACUGUUUAUUUUUAGUAGUCUAUGGCGGUUGAGAUUGUGACUAAAAGGGGGACACGUUAUGGAAAACUGAAUUUUGUUCCCACAAUAGGUCUUAAAAAAAAAAAAAAAGCUCAGAGAAACCAAAUGA